AUGGGACGACGUUUCACUUCGGUGCGAGGGUUGGAUGCGUUCGGCAAGGUAAGUCUUACAAAGUCGGCCUGUCGCGCCUUUGUUCGUUCGCAGUUGUUGCCGAUGCACGAGCUCACGCGAACUGCUCCCCAUACAGACGAUGGAAGAUGUCAAGAUCAAGACGGGAUUCGGUGGAGCUUGUGCGUUGGAACCACCCCCACACUGUCAGGCUCAAGACACACGAAAUCGCCCCGUAACUGAACCUCCCUUCUCCUUGGCCGACACGCGGGAUUGCAGUAACCCUCAUCUCGUUAAGCAUCAUCGUCGCUUUGACAAUAUACGAAUUUGUCGAUUAUCGGAGGGUGCACUGGGUAAGCGGUCGAAGCUUGCUCGAAUUCGACGCGUCUGGUAUCCCGUUCGAGAACGGUCCCCGAACGAGGAGCUGACGGUCGCACUGAUCCCCGAUUUUCUAGGAACCAUCGGUCGUGGUCGACAAGUCCCGAGGGGAGAAGUUGGUCGUCAAUCUUGAUAUUGACUUCCCCAGGGUGCCUUGCUACCGUACGUUCACUCACGAGAGCGCGGGCGAAGUCAAUGUUCAAACCAAUGGGCAUACGUGCUGACGAGCUCGUCCUGUUCAUGACCGCAGUCCUGAGUGUGGAUAUCAUGGAUAUCUCAGGAGAGCACCAAAAUGGUGAGCAAGCCGCUUCAUGCCUCUCAAAGCGCGUCAUGCAAAGCCCGGAAACGCUGACCUCGUGCCGUUCGGCCCACACUGCGCGCAGACAUUCACCACGACAUGACCAAGACCCGUCUUUCAAAGGAAGGCAAAGUGAUCGAUGGACCGAAAGGAACCGGCUUGACGGGUGAUGUCGAACGACAGGCCAAGACAAAGGAUCCCAACUACUGUGAGUCAGAGCCUGAGCACCACCUCCUUCGAAACUGCUCCGCGCACUAGCUCAAAAUCUUUUGGAUAUCGCGCAGGCGGAAACUGCUACGGAGGUGUACCGCCAACUGAAGGCGACCGACCUGGGUGCUGCAACACUUGCGACGAGGUCAGGGAGUCGUAUGUCAAGCGAGGGUGGUCGUUCGUGAACCCGGACAAGGUUGAACAGGUCAGUAGUUGAUGAGCUCACCGCUGGCACUGGGCGAGCGCGAGCUGACGCUACGUACCCUACUCGCAGUGCGUAUCGGAAGGAUGGACCGAUCGAAUCAAGGAACAGUCCGAAGAAGGCUGCAACGUCGCCGGCAAAGUGCGCGUUAACAAGGUCAUCGGCAACUUCCAUCUCUCGCCCGGACGGUCGUUCCAGGCCAACGCGAUGCACGUCCACGACCUCGUCCCUUACCUCCAAGACGGGAACCGACACGAUUUCGGUCAUCAUAUUCGUCAUUUCUCUUUCGCUUCGGAGCAUGAGGAGGAGUUCGUCAGUGUCGGUGGUAGGAGCUUGGAACAAACCAAGAAGGAUUUGGGGAUCGUGAAUCCGCUGGAUGGAGUCAAGGUCCACAUCGAAGAGUCAAACUAUAUGAUUCAGUACUUCCUCAGUACGUACUGCCUCUUCGUUGAAGGAGCACUCGGUUGAAGACUGUGAGCACUGACAAGCAAAUGGGUUGUAAAUUCGCAGAGGUCGUCUCGACCAAGUUCAUUUUCCUUGAUGGUCGCGAGCUGAGGACUCAUCAAUACUCGGUCACCGAGUAUGAGCGAGAUUGUGAGUAUAUCGGGUGAAUUGGAGAUCGUUGAAGCUUGACAAAAAUUCUGACCCGUCGGAUUGACACGGCAGUGAGCGACAAGAGCGGCAAGGACUCUUCGGGGCAUCAGACGACCCAUGGCUACGCUGGUGUGCCAGGUGAGUGAAAACACGCAAAUGGUGACUAGAACGGCACGAGCUCAUGUGAUGCAUGCCAUGCUACAACGUCGUAUCCACAGGCCUGUUCUUCAACUACGACGUCUCGCCGAUGCUCGUCAUCCACCGCGAGGAGCGACAAUCGUUUGCGCACUUCCUUACGUCGACAUGUGCGAUCGUUGGUGGUGUGUUGACCGUUGCCAGUCUCAUCGAUUCCUUUGUCGUACGUCAUCACCUCCAUCGUCGAGAGGAGAUUUCUCGGGAGUUUCGGCCCAACUAACAGCAAUUUUCUUCCCCCACGUCUAACAGUACGCGGGGAGGAACCGACUGAAGACGGGGACGACCAAAACGGGGCUCGGGUAUGCGAGACCAGAAGGGAAAUACAUGUAG